AUGCCCCCUCACGAUCCGAUCUGGGGCCAUCUCAAACUAAUCGGAAGGAUCCUGAAAGAUUUACCACCUGACAUCAUGCCGUCGGCAGCACUGGCCCAUGAAAUUCGCUUGCGUUAUCCACAUCUCGAUCAGGCCUUCUAUUUGGACCAGUGGCCCUUUUUUAAGCCCAUGCUGGUCGUUCUGUCACCAGAUGGGGCUCGUCAGGUGGCACAAGGUCAAUCUCUCCCGAAAGAGCCGGGCCAGCGAGAGUUCCUGAAGCCGCUCACAGGUGGUUACGAUCUGGAUACUAUGGAAGGAGACGAAUGGAAAUUCUGGCACAACGUCUUCAGCCCUGGCUUUCGAGUCGCGAAUAUCGCCGGACUGGUGCCCAGUUUGGUUGAGAUAGCUGGGGUCUUCUGUGAUCGUCUACGCCGAUGUGUAAACAAGAACGAGUUGGUUUCUCUGAGUCCGAUGGCUCUCGACCUUACCAUGGACUUUUCAAGCAAGGCUAUCAUGGGCCAUGAUAUGCAUUGUCAGGCAGGCUACAACCUUUUUGCCGCCGCGAUGGCUUCGCAGCUCAGCUGGCUGCAUUAUCGCGGCACUUCGCUACUAAGGGACAUUAACUUCAUCAGGCCCUUUGUACAAUGCUACAAUACUUGGCGGAUGGAUUCGUACAUCAAGAAAGUACUAAAGGAGAACUCAGAAGCUGCCGAGAGCAGACAAACAAACUCGAUCUCGAUACUGGAUGCCGCCAAUGCACCACAAGACCAAGGCCACCUGCGAAUACUUCCCGAUGUUAUUCGGUCACAGAUUAAGUUUAUGAUGCUUGCAGGUUAUGACACAACCGGGUCAUCGAUCGUUUUCAUGACCAACCUCCUGUCGCAGCACCCAGAAGUACUGGCACGCGUUCGGGUUGAGCACGACAAUGUCUUUGGCUCCGACUUGAAGGCAACAGCGGGCCUAAUAGCCUCUCAGCCGAAGCUGCUUAAUCAGCUCCCGUACACGACUGCCGUCAUCAAAGAGUCCUUGCGCAUUUACCCUCCCGGAGCAACUCAGAGACUGGGCAAUCGAGAUUUCAAUGUCUUCAUUCAGGCCUUCUCUGAUACUUCAGAGACUGAUACGAGGGAGAAACCUCUAGCAGCUCUGAGGUCACUUCCAACGGAAAGAUGCAAUGUCUAUGUCAGCCACUACGCAAUCCAUCAUAACCCACGGUACUGGUUUCGCUCAAGCGAGUUCCUCCCAGACCGUUGGUUGGUGAAGGAAAGAGAUGACCCUCUGCAACCUCCUGCCAAUGGUUGGCGUCCCUUCGAGAGAGGACCCAGGAGUUGCAUAGGGCAAGAGAUGGCUUUGGCUGAGAUCAAGAUGGUGUGUGCUCUGACUGCGAGAGAAUUUGAUUUCAAACCUGCGUAUGAAGAGACCGGGCAAACAGAGAAGUAUCAUGGGGAUCCUGUGUAUUUGGUGAGUCGCGGGGGAGCAGCCAAUCCGAGUCGCUUCUUUCCUUGUCGUGUGAGCUAUGCGAAGAGAACAUGA